AUGUCGACUACAACAUCAUCAAUACGCAAUCUUAAAUUAAGAUUCCCAUCUAGUAAUAAUAGAAAUAAUAUGACAGCAAACGGACAUGAAACAAAAUCGAGUCGAAUUUACUCGAAGAAACCUUUAAGUGCAACCAAUACUUCACAAGAUUGUUCAUUAAACAACAGUUAUAAUAAUCAUUUGAAGAAACGUGCAGUAUUAUCACAUAAACCUAUAAAAUCAAUUUCAUUAGGUGAAGAAAAUACUGAUAAUCAUCAUCAAAAUGGACAUAUUUCAAAUAAACAAUCAACAAAUAAUAAACCACGUUCGGCAUCACCACCAAUUGUCUAUCAUGCUAUUGCACCUAUUUCAUCAUCGGAAGAAACAAACCAUCAACAAAAGUCUCAUAAUGAACACAUGUCAGAAUCAAGUCGUCGUAUAGCAAAUGUUCUUGCACAUAGUCGAAUAAAAACUAUGUCAAAUGCAAUAUCAAGUUGUUCAGAUGAAGAAGGUGAAUCAAGUUUACAUCAUUCACCUAAUCAAUCAUCACGAUCAUCAUCAUCAUCAAUUGAUACCGAUGCUGAUGAAUCAGAUCAUAAACUUUCGAAUAAUAAUAUAAAUAAUAAACAAACAAUAAAACCUCGACGUUUUCAAAAAACUCGAAAAACAAGUUUUUCAUCAAACAAUAACAAUCAUACACCACCAAUAUCAAGAACAAAUAUACGUAAAGAUGAUCAAAAUCAACAAAGAUCAAGCUCAAAUGACGAAGAUAAUACAGAAUUAAAUAGUAUUCAUGAAGAAAUUAGCUAUAAUAAUAAUAAUAAUAGACGAUUAAAAUUAUUUUCACUGAAAAAACGUGAUCAUAUGGCAGCAACAACAACAACAACAGAUGAUGAUACAACAAAACAUCAUCGUUAUCAUCCAUUAGAUAAUCUUGAAAUGAAUGGAAAAAAAUUUCCAUCAGAAUCUACUGGUUCAUCACCAGUACCAACUAAUAUUACACCAAUAAAUCCAAUUCAAACAAGAAAAGCUACUCGUUUUCAAAUUAAAUCAAUACGUAAAUCUCAACAACAUCAAAUUUUAUUAGCAAAUGCAGCUGCAGCUAAAUCAUCAAAUGAUGAUGAUGGUUCACUAUCAAAUCAACAACCGAAAUUAUCAUUUAAACCGUCAUUACUUGAACGUAAACAUACAAAUACUCCGACAACAGAUGGAGAAAAUUCAACAACAAAUACUGAUAAUAUUGUUAAUGGUGCUGUUACAGCUCUUAAAACUGCUCAAAAUAAUAGUGGUAAUAGUAGUGGAAAUGGAUAUCAUCGUGUUCGGUUUCAUGUAACACAACAUAGAAAACAUGAAUCACCUGCCGAAGAAGAAAAAGUAACUGUACCAAUAACUCCUUCACCAGCACCACCAGCUCCGCAUUCAUCUGCAGCUUCAGCACAAGGAGAGGAUGAAGAAGAAGAAGAAGCCGUUGCUAAAAGUCCUGAUAAUCGUUUUAUUAAAUAUGCCAAAGAAAUAGGACGUGGUGCAUUUAAAACUGUCUAUCGUGGUUUAGAUACUGAAACAAGUGUUGCUGUAGCUUGGUGUGAAUUACAAGAUUUUGCACAAUUCGAUAGACAUGAACGAGCACGUUUUAAAGAAGAAGCUGAAAUGUUAAAAAAACUUCAACAUCAAAAUAUAGUACGGUUUUAUGAUUUUUGGGAAGAAACAAAUCCGAGAACAAAUAAAAAAGUUAUUAUUCUUGUUACCGAAUUAAUGACAUCUGGUUCAUUAAAAGGAUAUAUUCGAAAUUUCAAAGGACAAAAAGAAGAAAAACGUAUUAAUGUUAUGAAAAAAUGGUGUCGUCAAAUUCUCAAAGGUCUUGCUUAUUUACAUGGUCGUAAUCCACCCGUUAUUCAUCGUGAUUUAAAGUGUGACAAUGUAUUUAUAUCAAGUACAACAGGUUGUGUUAAAAUCGGUGAUCUUGGUUUAGCAACAUUUAAAACUCAAACAUUUGCUAAAAGUAUGCGUGGUACAAUGGAAUUUAUGGCACCGGAAAUGUUUGAUGAAAAAUAUGAUGAACUUGUUGAUAUAUAUUCAUUCGGUUUAUGUAUGUUAGAAAUGAUAACAGGUGAAUAUCCAUAUAUUGAAUGUAAAGGACCAACAGCUGUUAUAAAACGUAUUACAAAUGGUUUAAAACCUGAUUGUUAUUUUAAAGUUGAAAGUGAAGAUGUACGAGAAGUUAUUGAUUGUUGUAUACGAACAAAGAAAGAAGAACGUUUAUCCGUACAAGAUUUAUUACAACAUUCAUUUUUUCUUGAUGAUAAUGGUUUACGUAUUGAUCUUGUACGUGAUUCAUCAAAUGAUUCUUUUGUUACGAUUAAAAAUGAGACCAUCGAUUUAAAAUUAAAAAUUGUUGAUAAAGCGAAACGUAAAGCUUUAUAUCCGGAAAAUAAAGUAUCAUCAACAGUAUUUGAAGCUAUACUUUUUCCGUAUAAUGUUAAUAAUGAUACACCUGCACAAAUAGCUGAUGAACUUAUUGGAAAAAAUUAUAUUUUUGAAGAUGAUAAAAAAUUUGUUAUACAAUCAAUAAAAGAUCGUGUACGAGCAUUGAAUUAUGAAAUGAUUGAUAGACAAGCUGGAGUUUUACCAGCAAAUGGUAGACCAACAGUUAAUUCGACACCGCAACCAUCGAUUAUUAUACAGCAACAACAGCAGCAGCAACAACAACAACAAGCAACACCUGUAAUAUCUGUACCUCAACAAACAAAUUUUGUUCCAACACCUUCAAUUAUUCAACAAACACCAGUUGAACAACCGGCAAUUAAACCGGCAUCAGAACUUCCACCCGUUAAGCCAACUGUAGCAACCGAACCAACACCAAUUACUCAGUUACCUGAACUUAGUCCGAAUAUUCCAGGUUCAGCUGUGAGUCUAGAAGAACUUGAAGCAGCAUUGAAGAAAACGUUUACUAAAAAUUGUGCUCAAGGAACUACAUCUGCUCUUGUCAACGAUACCAGUGAAUCAACGACACCUCUAGUUAUCCAAGAUGAUUCUCUCAUACCAAAAACAGUAACUAAUACUCCUAUUGUUGAACAACCACAACAACAAACGGAAGAAACCGCAUUACCAACUGCUACCGAACCUUCAACAAAUAUCCCUCAAUCAUCAGCAUCCACUAUUAUGCAAACACAAUCUCAACCAACAACAAUGCUAACAAGUCAACAACAACAAAUGAUACAAAAUUCUCAUCUAUUAUCUCAACCUGCUCAAAGUUAUUCUUAUCCAACAAUUUCUUCGCCUCAAAAUAUCCAGAACAAUACCAUUCCAAAUGAAAUUAUUAAACAAACUAUACAUCCUUCUUCUACGCCUACAACAUCAACAACAACAACUGCAACUACAACUGCAACUGCACCAGAAACUACUGAAAACAAUCAUAUGUCAAUAUCACCUUCUGCAACACCUCUAUCUCUUCCACAGACAGGUGAAUCUGCUCCGCCUUUACUUCCGUCAGAUACCCAACCGCCAGUAUCAGGUAGUUUACAACAACUUGAAGUACUUCUUAUGAAUACAUUCAAAAAACAAAAUAAAACAUCUGGUACAGCUCAUAGUAGUGAUGGUGAAGCCGCCAAUACUACUACACCAUCCGUAUCAUCUGUUCCAGUGAUGAAUAAUGAUGAGAAAAAUGAAACCGAAACAAUUCCAACUGAAUCAACAUCUUUACUAGUCGAUGAGAAAAAACGAAAUAUUACUGAUACAUUGAAUAAUUCUAAUCAAUCUCCUCAACAAACUCAAAAUAUAUCUCAACAAUUAAAUGAAUCAACAACUUUUGAUCCAUUUAUAUCAGACGAUAAUGGUAAUUUACAAGAAUUAGAAACCUUAUUUAAAAGUACAUGUCAAAAAAUUCCUGCUAGUGAUGAUACUAUAACAAUAUCACCACAAAUAUCAUCAACAAGUGAUGAUAUAUCCGAUUUAAAAUCUAUGAUUAUGAAUAUGAGUAAAACUUUAUUAAAUAAAAUGAAUAUAAUUGAAACAAAAAUUGACGAACAGUGUUCUCAAACACGAAAAAUAAAUCAUGUAGUAACAAAUACAAUCUUACCAUCAUUACUUGAUUUAACAGAUAUUAUUCAAGAAACAUCAGUAUCAUCUAAUCUCAAUUCACAUAUGAAAAGUAAACUUGAAAAUAUUCAGACACGCAUUCGUACAACACAACAACAACAACAGUACCAUCAACAACAACAAAAUGAAAUGAAAGAUCUAAUGGAUAUUUAA